GCAACUCGAGCACAGGGCCCCAGGCCCACGGAGUUGCCCAAGAGGCCGGGCGGCUCCUCCCCGGGGACCCUCCCCUUCUGGGGCGCGUCAUUCUCCCCACCCCCGGGUCCGACCCCGGCUGCUCCUCGCACGCCGGCCAGGCGGGGGACAAAUCUCAGCCACCUGCUCCGGAGCCGGGGAGCCGGGGCACCGUCCGCCCCAUGGAGCUGCCGGCCAGCAACACCAGCUGCGAGAACGGUUCCCUGAUCAGCCUGCACUGCUCCUCCCAACAAGUCCUGUGCCAGAUCGUCGGCGACCUCAGCCCCCAGGUGCCCAGCAGUGUCAUCUCCAGCAGCUGGCAGGAGGGGUUCAGGCAGAACUACAGCUUCUACGUCGGCCUGGGGCUGGCCAUCCUGUCCAGCUUCCUCAUCGGCAGCAGCGUCAUCCUCAAGAAGAAGGGCCUCCAGCGACUGGUGGCCUCUGGUGCCACGCGGGCUGUGGACGGAGGCUACGGCUACCUGAAGGAUGCAAUGUGGUGGGCUGGAUUUCUCACCAUGGCUGCCGGAGAAGUUGCCAACUUUGGGGCCUAUGCGUUUGCUCCUGCGACAGUCGUCACACCACUGGGAGCGCUGAGUAUCCUCAUAAGUGCCAUCCUUUCCUCAUAUUUCCUGGGAGAGAGUCUGAACCUGUUGGGGAAGCUGGGCUGUGUGAUCUGUGUGGCCGGCAGCACGGUGAUGGUGAUACACGCCCCCGAGGAAGAGAAGAUCACCACCAUCGUGGAGAUGGCUGCCAAGAUGAAAGACACAGGGUACAUCGUGUUUGCUGUGCUUCUGCUGGUGUCCUGCCUCAUCCUCAUCUUCGUCAUCGCCCCACGUUAUGGACAAAGGAAUAUCCUCAUCUACAUCGUCAUCUGCUCUGUGAUCGGGGCCUUCUCCGUGACCGCCGUCAAGGGUCUGGGCAUCACCAUUAAGAACUUCUUCCAGGGGCUGCCAGUUGUGCGGCACCCUCUCCCCUACAUCCUGUCCCUCGUGCUGGCCCUUUCGCUCAGCACUCAGGUCAAUUUCCUCAACAAGGCGCUGGACAUCUUUAAUACCUCCCUGGUGUUCCCCAUCUACUACGUGUUCUUCACCUCGAUGGUGGUGACCUCCUCCGUCGUCCUCUUCAAGGAGUGGCACAGCAUGUCGGCCGUGGACAUUGUGGGCACCCUCUCUGGCUUUGUCACCAUCAUCCUGGGUGUGUUCACGCUUCACGCUUUCAAAGACCUGGACGUCAGCCGGACCAGCCUGCCCCACAUGCACAAAAACCCAACCCCGCCUCCCGCCCCAGAGCCCAGCAUCGUUAGACUCGAAGACAAGAAUGUUCUUGUGGACAACAUAGAACUCUCCAGCGCCCCAUCACCAAAGAAGCCCGAAGUAUUUAUAAUCCAUUCGUAAAGCUUGGAAUACAUGAGUGAGAGGGUGAGCCCUGUGGUACAGCCUGACUGCUCAAUUUCAGAGCCACCUGGUUAUUUUCAACACAGCUCUUACCAGUGGGCUCUCUUUUCUUGAGACGUUAAUUUAUACCUCACCGCUGUUUCCGGGAGAAAAGUCCCUACCCAGUGAGCAGUGGCGGCAGAACCUCCUGGAAACACAGCCUCAGUGACCAAAUACCCUACUACACGUUGGUGCCAGCAGGUCCCCGGCCCUCCCGCCCUCCUCGUUUCCUCGGUGCCACCUCUGUGCUGUUGGGAAGAAGAUAGGAUUUGAUCCGUUGAAUGUAGCACAAGCCAAGAACUUCCCUGAAACGUUGGUCAUCAGGAAAUCCUCCGCACUGGUUCUCCUCCUGAGACGGAUUCACUGUUCCUGAGCCCAAGACUGAAGUGCAGCUGGCCCUCCGAGGCCCGGAGAGCAACUCGCCGCGCCUCCCACCCGGAACCAACAGACACACAACUACCGUAAAAUGUCUUGUUGCCUUUGCCACCUCAUCUUCGGAGACAGAGGCGGGACCUCAGCUGACCUGCUUACUGUGAAAGCCACCUGACGUCUCAGGGAAACACUUCCACCAGCCCCGUUCCCGGGAGCAGCCAGCCUGGAGGUCAGCAUCUGUUUCCAUCCGCCCGACCCCUUCCCCACCCUUCCCUCUCUAGACACAUCCUAAGGAGUCAGUCAUGGAGACAUUCAGGCAGUUAUCUAAGAACUCAAAACAACACAACAACAACAAAAGGUGCUUGCUUCCCAGCCAAGCUCUGCUGGCCAAGCCCAGGGUUUCAUUUUGCCUCACUCUCCAAAGAGAACAGCGAUUGCACUGCUCUUAAAAGUAGCCUGGCUGUCGAGCAGAAUGCACUUUCCUUUUCCUCAAGGAGUAAACCAAUAUGAUUUGGGGAGAUGGGGAGAAGAGUAAGGGGCAGUCAGGAAAGCAGACACAGGCUCUCUGGAAACCAGGGGCUAACUUUUGUGUUUACUCUGGUGGUGAACCAAGAACCCAGGUGGAAAAGGCUCUGGGUAACUUGUUUUUUUUUUUUUGGACACACUGCGCGGCACGUGGGAUCUUAUUAGUUCCCUGACCAGGGACUGAACCCGCACCCCCUGAAGUGGAAGUGCAGACUCUGAACCACUGGACCGCCAGGGAAGUCCCCUCUGGGUAACUUCUGGGCUGAAGCCUUAGAGGCUUGGCCAGUGGGAUCAGCUUUGAACUUCAGUGACCAAGUCGGGGGGUGUAAGCUCGGCACGGGGUGCAAUCUGGCUGUUGACCAGAUCGCCACCAAGUCCCCAGCUCCACUGAUGAGCUGCCCACACUGGGAAGCAGUGUGUCACGACUGCUCCACCACCACCUGCUUUGGGGACUGCCUUUGGUCCCCUCACCUUUGACCAGAGGCAGUCAAAAAACAAGAGCAGCUGGAGAGAGACAUAAUUAAUAUCCCCUCCCUUCCUGUCUUCUCUCCAGCAGCAAGAAUGUGAGAGUUGAUAUGAGGACCAUUGACAGGGAGGUAAGGGAGCCAGUAUAUCUGUAAAGAAGGAAGACCUGGCCCUCAGCCCCCAAGCUGGUGCAGAGCCUCCCCUGUGUAACUCCACACCCGUGCCUGUGUUUACGUCCUGUGCCCUAAGCAUAGCCAAGCCCAGGCCAAACUGUUGCUGGCCUUGUAGCUCCAAGGAACAGACUGGCUUCCUGCACCACCAGGCUCAAAGCCACAGUUUUUAAUGAAUGUGGAUUUCUCUCUGUAACUAAAAUCAAUGCAACAUGUUGGAUCUUGAGAAUGACUGUAAUCUGAAGGCCCUGAGAGCGUGGUCUGCAGGGUCAGGAAUAAAGACCUCUGAGUGUGUUUACUUGAUACUUACAUCUUGGCUUUCCUUGGACACGGAACAAUUAAAGUGGUUCCUCUAGUGCCGGGGGGCCAGUCCCCAAUCUCUGGAGAGUUCUGGCUGCCAAGGAAGUCCCUCCAGUGCCUUCUACAGCCACGCCUUCAGUAGAGAGGGAAAGGCUGUUUGGGGAAUAGCGUCAGUGGAAGACACCCAUCCCAUGCCUGAGCCCUUACGAGAAGCCAACCACAGUGCUAAGAGCUUCACGUGAAUACUUUUUUUUUUUUGCGGUACGCAGGCCUCUCACUGUUGUGGCCUCUCCCGUUGCGGAGCACAGGCUCCGGACACACAGGCUCAGCGGCCAUGGCUCACGGGCCCAGCCGCUCUGCGGCAUGUGGGAUCUUCCCGGACUGGGGCACGAACCCGUGUCCCCUACAUCGGCAGGUGGACUCUCAACCACUGCGCCACCAGGGAAGCCCCAUGUGAAUACUUUUAAGCUCUCACAAAUCCUCACGUCGAUCUAUAUCAUUCAUGCCGUGAGUGACCCCCAGACCUAUUAAAACUAGACUGGCCUGUGUCCAGGUGCAAAGACAAACAGCUCCCUCGACUGGUCAUGGGAAAACCCAGGGCUUCUCUGUGGCUCAAGAUCUUCCAUGGUGGCCUCGCAGGCUGGACAGACGGUCUCUGUAGGAACUCUUCUGAGGAGUCCUCGGUGAUGGAUCCUAUCCAGGCUGGCCAGUGCAACGUUAAAACAAAGAAACAAACAAGAGUUGCCAAACCAGACAACAUUUCAAAUGACAAUUUAAUUAAAUACAAACAAGGAAAAAAGGCACCACAGCCCAUUCAAGUAUUUUGCAUAGAUAUACAAAUAUUGUAAACAAUUAAUAGGUGGACGAGAGAAAAGAGGAUCUGUUUUCUGUGAACAAUCUCCCAAAUAAAAAGAAAAUUCACAUUG